AUGGUCGACUGGGCUAAGCUCAAGGUCGUCGACCUCAAGGCCGAGCUCAAACGACGAGGUCUCCCGCAGGGGGGCUUGAAAGUAGAGCUUGUUGCGCGAUUGGAAGAGGCUGAUCAAGAAGCCACGGAAGCAGAGCCCGAGCCCGAGCCCGAGCCCGAGCCCGAGUCGCAUGCUGACGAGCAGAUGAAUGAUGAGACGCCUCAGUUUGAGUCGGAGUCUUUGCAUCCUGUCAAUGGGGAUUCUACCAGCCAAACACAAGACGUUCAGGGGGUGCAGGAGCAGACCAAAGACGGACAAGUCGUCACACAGGAUGCUCGUGAAAUCGAGCCAGAGCAAACACCUCCCCGUCAUCUUCCAGCGACGACACAAGAGCCAACUCAUGCAGCGGUUCCGGAGGUAGUCGUUUCCACUCCAGCGCACCAGGAAGAAUCACAGCCCGAACCAAGCCCUCCGUCCCGAGACCCCCGGCCCGCAGAUGGCGAUGCUCCCUUCAUGGGUGAGCAACUCGUCCAAGACUCAACCGUUGAAGCUCCAGCCGAAGCGCUAAAGCGCAAACGGCGCUCUGCCAGUCCUACUCCCAAGGAGGAAGAAGUUUCCAGAAAACGGGCGCGAGCCGACGCGGCGCUUGCUUCGAGGUCACAUCAGCUCAAUCAUUUCCCGCCCGAAGCUCACGAUGCCCCCGAGGUAGACUACGACCGACACGUCGAACCUUCGGUGCACCCGGCCACAUCUGCGCUUUGCAUCAACAACCUGAUGCGACCUCUUCGACCAGCCGACCUCCGCGCACACAUAGUCACUCUCGCCACAGCGCCUGGCACAAGCCCCGCGGACAAGAUUGUCACAAAGUUCUACCUCGACUUCAUUCGCACCCACGCCUUUGUGGCCCUGGAUUCCGUAUCAGCUGCCUCGCGUGUCCGCCAGCUGCUGCACGGACGCGUGUGGCCCAACGAAAGUAACCGCAAAGCACUCUCCAUCGACUUUAUACCACCCGAAAAGAUGGAUUCCUGGAUCGACAUGGAGGAAUCCGGCGGCAGAAGGCCCAGUCACCGAUGGGAAGUCGUCUACGCCCCCGCCAGCGACGGGAGCACCGUCGAGGCAAGUCUCGUGUCAAACUCCCUCUCUUCGUCCAACAAUCGCGCGCCCCCGCCUCCUCCACCACCCACAAAGCCCUCGUCCAUAGCAGCACCAGCACCAGACAGCAUCAACUCUGCCCCCCUCGGGCCCAGGGGCGCCUUCACAGACUCGGCUCCCCCGACCGGUCCCCGUGGCUCUCGACGCCCACAGCCACCACCUGCGCCAUAUCGCCCGACCGGCGAGGCGCGGUUCACCCGGGCACGUCCAAGUGUAGCAUACCACCUAGUGCCAGAGCAUCUUGCCCGUCGCCGCGUUGAAAACAUGCGGGCCUUUUACACGCGCGAGCUGAACCGCGACUUGGGCCGCGAAUUCAACAGAUACUCGUUUGAAGACUCGGACUCCUUUGUCGACCGAGGCCGUGAAAUCUUUGAAGGCAUCCGCCCUCCUCACAGGGAGAGAGGCGGGCGCGGCGGCGGACGAGGCAGAGGCUCUACGAGAGCCAGAGGCGGAGGCGGCUUUCGCGCAAGGAGUGAUCGUUAUAUGCCCGGCCCAGGAGGCUGGGACGACGAUGAUCGACGCCGGUUCUAG